GUAGGUAGGUGCCUAAAAUAGCAAGCCCGUCCACCCGAAACUCAUCUUCUCCCAGGUGGACGUUGAUAAGGGAGAUAAGAUAAGGCCCAAUUAAUAAGUGGUGAAAGUCCUCCCUGUAUCUGGCCAAACUCUGGGUGAAAACGAGUCAUUGGUGGUCACGCGUGGAUGGAUGAUCCCACAAGAAUCAACCACAAUAAUAAAUUUGCUGGCUGCUACUGCUCUCUCAGCCAGUCCAGCCACGAUACUUACACGACUCGGAGACACUUGAUUAGAGAUUUUGUUACUAUUUCUUUGACUCAUUCCUCUCAUGGGAAAUACGGACUGAAUGUGACGAGAGUGCACAUUUUUUGUUAUUUUUCUCGCUUAUCAGUCACCCUUUCUUCUGAAAGAGAGAGAGACUGGCCGAGAUUGAGAAGCAAUUACUCACUGGUUGUAUGUAUAUGUGCUGCCAGAUUUAUUAGUCAUCACGGCAUUCAACAAGUUGUCACUUGAUAAUAUAAUGUGACGAUUAUGGGAUUAUUGAUCGUAUUCAGAUAACACUGCGAAAUAGAAAUAUUUGCACAAGUUUUAAUGAUGUGAUGAUGACAAAGAUAGAAACGCGUCUUUUUGAGGGUAGAAUGACAUCGGUAUCGUUGAACCUUUGAUUAAGGUGACGUUGACAUCGUGGCGAAAAUAUAAUAGCAGAAUGGAUAUAAACGUGGACGCCAAACCUGUUCCCGUUCCGAGGCAGAGGUUAUCAACAUCGUCACAACAGUCACCCCCCGUGACGCAGAAGCCUGUCCCACUCCCGAGAAAAUUGACGGCAACGACAACGACGUCACUGGGAGAGAAAAGGGAAAAUAUGGGCAGUACGGGCGAUGAUGACGAUAACUUUAGCCUAUCGUCCAUACCAGAUGCUCCUUCACUCCUCCCCCCGUCUGCGAAACGAGGCACCAUUAAUAUUUUUCAACUUGCCAAUCAGCUCGACGACCCUUUCAACGAUUUUGAUGUAGAAUUUAAGAAGGAGGAGAAUAUAGAUCAUCAUCAUCGUCGUCCCACACCAUUGCACAUCACACCACCCCCACGCUCCCCACGUUCCCCACGUCCUGCAUCGUCACCACACCCACCGCCUUCCAAGACCCCGGAGGCAUCAUCGUCACCACUUCUUCUCUCCAAUAUUUCAUUCCCCUCGCCCCUAUUCGAUCUGGAUGAAGAGACGAGGCGACGGAUUUCCACGUUUUCAUCACUAUCAUCCACAUCGACGGAUGAUUCGUCGGAUCAUUACAUGGAACCCCCUCCUGCAAGACCCGUCUCGGCCGAAUUAGCUGCAAAUCUUAGCAAAAAUGUGUUCUCGGGAGUUUAUAGAGGAAGCCGAACAGGAUCUGGCCGUAGCUCCAAGCUUCCUCCACUCCACGAUGGCAAUGAAGAAGAGGAUGAACAGGAAAGGAUCCCAACCGUAAGAUUCCAGCAUCAUCACCACCCCAUCGAAAAAGUUGCUAGCUGUCCCCCCGCCCCACUGGCGGACGAGGACGAAGAAUAUGAACCUAUUGCGGCACCAUCAUCAACGCAGAACUUUGAAAGGCUUCCUUCCUCCCCAGGAUUUCCAUCGAAUAACAAUUUCCAUGAUAAUAAAAGGGUCACGGUGCCUAAUGUGAACGUCAAUUUUAACAUUAAUCACAACGAGGGAAGCAUGAAAGGUAAAAAGGGGCUGAGUCGUUUCACUGAGAGCAGACUCAAAUUUGAGGGCAGCAAUGAUUUGAGCAGUAGUCGGAGUAGUUCAAGUCAUCGUCAAUCCGAUGGAGGUGUGAGUGACACCGAGUCCACGGAUUCUUUCCAAUUUUCCAGGUCAAAAAAUGACAUCGUGAAGCGCAGUUCAUCUCAGAGGAGCAGUACGGGAAGUCUGAGGAGGGUGCAUGAGUACGACGAUGUAGCCAUUGAGGAUGGGACCGUCGUAUUUUUGGACAACAUGGAGAAUGCAGCAGCACUCUCAGACGAGACAAACAACAACUCUUCAAAUAGUUUGGCUUCCAGGAAUUCGGUAAUUGCAGAGUUUGACCCACUUCUCUACUCGUUUGCGGAAGUGCCCAAGCCACCACUGCCUCCGCCUAGUACUAAAAGAACAAACCUUAUCAAUGGGACUACACCUACACCGAAGGUGACAACAAAGGAAAUUAAUGAUAAUGACGAGGACGAUGAUAUAACAUCGGAAAAAUAUCUCGACCUUAAUGAUGAUCCACAACAUAGAUAUGAAUACAUUGACACUGACGCGGAGGAUGGACGUAGCAGCUGUUCCAACUCAAACAAUGAAGAUUCUCCUCCAAGCAACCCACCAUCAGCGGUGGUUGAAAAUCCAACUUAUUCCUUCGCAGUGGAUUUCAAAGCUAAUUUUCGAAAGCAGCCCAAUCAACCACCACAAAAAGAAGUGGAGGAUCAGGAGGGAACGGAAAACGGAUCAGCAAGUAUGGAAGAGGAAUACGAGUCCAUCGAACCGCCUCCAACCCCACCAAAACCAGGUCAAAGGUCUCCCGUCUCGAAAGAAUUAGUACAAUCGCCACCAUCACCACCCUCUGCUUCCUCCUCCAACGGUGGGGGUGAUGCCUCUGUCCCUUCAUUUUUCCGUCGAUUUUCCUCCAAAUUCCGCCUCAACUCAAUCCGUGAAGAGAGCACUGCCUGUCGAAAAUGUGGGAACGAACACGGAGAAAAGGAACGCUGCCGAUUCUACCCCCCUUACCGGGAUUCUGUCAUAUUUUCCACAAACUUGUACAAAGCCGGGGGGAAUUUGGGGAGGAAGGAGUGGACUCCGAGACGAGUCGUGCUCCAACCUCGUAGCACCUUGGGUAAAGGACGACUUUCUUUUUACAAUGACAAAUCCGAACUUGUCUCUGAUCUCCCACUGGAGAAAGUGGCCGUCAUAACUAAAAAGGAGGGAAGCUCUUCUUCCUCACCACCAAACCUCCAGUAUUUUGAGCUUGGACUCGUUCAUUGGAAACAGAACAGUUUAGUUCUGGCCGCGGCAGAUGAGUUGGAGAGGGCAAAAUGGAUGGGGAAGUAUGUGGAGGCGCACACUGCUGUUAUUCCUCCAGUCCUCAGGGGCUCCUUCGAACGGGGUGGAUGGGUCUUCUUGAAGGAGACUGUUACCAGCGAUUGGAAACCUGGCUGGAUUCUGCUCAAGGACAGAAACCUCGUCUUUGUUUAUCAGGAUGGGGAAGAGUAUUUCGAUAUGGAUUUGAGGAAGGCGAGAUCUAUCGACCUAUGCGGAAAAGAGGAAGAGCAACGUUGUGGUUUCGUCGAUAACGGUGACGUCCUCACUCUCGACCUGUGUUGUCGGAUAUUGUACUUGCAAACGGAGAGCAGUCGUAUAACGCGAGACUGGGAGAAAGCGCUUCGGUCUGCUGCCUCCAGAAAUGGGACCCGUUUCGAUGAGAUGCAGCUCACCCUGGAAAAUGUGCCGGUCGUGGUCGACAAAUGCAUCGACUUUCUGUACGCUCAUGGCACCCUGGCAGAAGGGAUUUAUCGGCAGUCUGGCUCAAACACGAGAAUUGCCCAGUUGCUGGCUGACUUUCAAAAGGACGCGUGGGCGGUACAAAUAUCCCCCAAGGAGUUUUCCGCCCAUGAUGUAGCAGGGACGUUGAAGAGAUUUUUUAGAACAUUGCCCGAACCUCUAGUCACGUCAGAGUUGUAUCCUGGAUGGAUUAAAGCAGCUGCGAUAACUGACCGUACAGCGAAGGAAACUGAGUACACUCGCCUCCUGGAGAGUCUGCCACCUUUAAAUUAUAACAUCCUUAAAAAGUUAAUGUGUCAUUUAUACGCUGUGCAUGAGCUGCACGAGAAAAAUCUGAUGCCGUUGAUCAACCUGGCACCAAUUUGGGGUCCUACUUUGAUGAGUGUCGAUGGUGAUGCUUCCGGACUCUCGUAUGACUCUGCCUGUGCCGAAUGUGAAGUAGUGAAAGAACUGAUUGAAGGAUAUUGCACUCUGUUUCGUGUUGACGAGGAAGAACGCGCCCGUGAGAGAAGGAUGCACCUCGCCCUAGAAAACUUUCAUCUGGGUUCCUUACGUCGAAAGUGUUCUGGGGACAUGAAGCUGUGGAUUUAUCUCUGGGACAAGGAUGAAACAUCUGCAACCAACGUGGCACUCACACCAUAUUCAACGGCUCAGGGAAUUGUGGCUCAAAUAUUGGAGAAUUCAAGGGUGCGAAAUAUAGAGAAUGUCGGUCUUCAUGAGGUCAUCGCGAACGGAAGUUUGGAGCGGGUUUUGCAUCCUAGUGAAAAAGUUAUAGACACAGUUUUACGCUGGAGCCUGUGGGAUAUUGAGGACCGGAAGGAUAAUUACCUUAUUCUGAAGAAGAAUCAGUUGUACCCGAGACUUUUACAAUAUGCUAAGGAACCCCACAUGCACGGAUCGGAAGUAAAGGUUGCCGACUCAAAGUCAAAGUCAUAUCGAAAGGUUCAGCUUCAAUUUAGUCAAGCUACCCUUAAACUGUUUAAGGAUGUUAAGUGCAAUACGGAACAAGCUUCAUACAAGAUUGAGGAUGUUGUGUGGUAUGUGGGUUGCGAAACCCGUCGUAAUCCUCCGACAAAGUGGACAUUUACCAUUGCUCCUAAAACUUAUCAUCUCAAAAGGAGUAAAGAUGAACCCUUCUUUGGUUGGGUGUUUGGCUGCGGGAGCGAGGAAGAGUUGCACCGCUGGCUGGGAGCUUUAGUAGUUGGAGAACAUCCGGAAGGACUGUACCCCAACGUUGUGCUUUGAUCUGAUAAAUUAUUAAGCCACGAGUGCGCAUAUAUUUAUAUGUCUACCAGGUAUCGACGAAUUCUGACAAUUUAACUAAAUUCAAAUCAAGCCUUGCAAUGGAACGCUUCAAUAUGCCUUAACUAAAGUGAAUCAAACGAUUUCAGUGUAGGAAAUAUAUUUGAGAGAAUACUAAAAACUUUUAUAUGUGUAUGAUUCCUGAAGUUGAUCUGUCUCUCUCUGUUUCCAAACAAGCGACUUUCCGUCCCAUCUUUUUUAUUGUCACUGUUAAAUAUUCCUUGGCAUUGUGCUGCCUAAUCUAGACGAAGAUGACCAGAUGCCUUAUUGUUAACUUGUAUAUUGUUUUGUCGUACCAAACUAUUUAAUCGUUACGGUUUGGCCUUUGUUUUUAACAUGAUGUAAUUUUUUAGUGAAAUGAAAUGGACCAACUUUUAUUAAGUCUUACAUAUUUACUUGCAAAAUAUAUUAUGUUCUCAAUACCCGUAUAGUUCCUACAAUAUUGUUUGUACAGUAGUGUUUCUAUUUUGUAAGAAGUCAAAACCUGAAAACUGACAAUUACUUUUACGAAACAUUUGUGUGUAUUCUUUGAAUGCUAUAUUAUGUGCAUCUUGUUGACAUUUUUAAAAUAGUGAAAUAACGAACUAGUUCAAUCAAGCGAAUGGUGUGCUAUAGACUGUGCCACAAUAUUUUAUCAUUUUAUUACGGUAAAAAUGCGAUAGCGUAAAUAACUAUGACGUUGUGAAUGAAUUGUUUGCAGUGCAUACGAUAGGUUAUCAUUCUUCGAUAUUAUUAUAGUGUCGUCAUUCUAGUUAGUUUUGCUAUUGCAACUAUUCUGUACUUGAUGUGUGCUGUUUACAAAAAUGCUAAAUAAAAAUGUCGAAAAACUGAACAUUCAA